AUGCAGGCAUUCCGCGCUAAUGGUGCACCGGUGUGGCAACAUUGUAGGUCGGUGGCGGCCGGGGCGGCGCGUGCUGGCGGCAGGUGCGCCCGCGCAGCCGGCAUCCCCCACGCCCGUCCAAAUCGCCUCACGUUCACAUCUCCCCUCACCGAAAGCGCUGGAUUGUCACGGAUUAAGCCCCGGGACAUAGUCCGCUCAUUCACAAGCCGCUCCAUUCAUGCUCCCGGCCGCGAUGCAACGGCCGUGCUGAUCUCGCCCCUAGCCCGUCGCGAGAAGGCUCACAGUCGCCCGCCAGUUGGCACGGGGCGAGGGGAGGGAUGUGGAUCGAGGAUAUCGCGGGGUCAACGCGGAUUGCAGCCGCCCGAUAAACCACCGCGGCGUCAAUCGAGCGAGCCACCAGCGCUG